AGCUACCAAUUGACAUUCUUUCAUUUGGUUUUCUCUUUUCUCGGUUCUCACCCUUAGAACCCACCAAAUUCGAAGUAAAAAGCUCCUAAGAUUGAGGGAGAUGAUGGAAAUUAUUUCUCAUCUACUUGCAAUUUCGGGAGUCUUAGUAUUGGUGUCACUUUUAUACAACCUUAGGAGGGUUAGAAUUGUUAGUAACAAAAAUAAUGGUAUCUUACCCCCAGAACCAUCAGGUGCCUUACCAAUCAUAGGUCACAUCCAUAAAUUUCUUGGCAAAAUCCCAAUGUUCCGAACCAUGGCAGCCAUGGCUGACAAACAUGGUCCAACCUUCAUGUUCCGAUUCGGCAUGAAACGUGCACUUGUGAUUAGCAAUCAUGAGGCAGUCGAGGAGUGUUUCACUACAAACGACAAGGCUUUCGCAUCUCGUCCAAUGUCCAGCCAUGGAAAGUACCUUGUUUACAACUAUGCAGCAUUUGGGUUUGCACCAUAUGGAACAUAUUGGCGAGAGAUGAGAAAGCUAGUCAUGAUUGAACUCCUCUCUAGUCGCCACCUAGAGACUCUUAAAAGCAUGAGAGUCUCUGAGGUUGACACUUUGGUUAAAGAUUUGUACUCUCUUUGCAAAAGCAACAAGCACAACAACAACCAAGCUAAGGUGGUUAUUAGUGACUGGAUUGGACGCCUAAGCUUGAAUAUAAUCACCAAAGUGAUUGCAGGGAAGAGAUAUUUUGGUAAUGAUGGAACUGAUGAAGAGGCACAACAUAUAGGGAAAAUUAUUAAAGAUUUUAUGUAUGCAGCUGGGGUCCCAGUAAUUUCGGAUUUAAUUCCAUUUCUAAAAUGGAUUGAUCUGUUUGGGCAAGUGAAAUUCAUGAAGCGUGUUGCAAAGGAAUUUGAUUCUCUAGUAGGAAGUUGGGUUGAUGAACAUACUACGAGAAGGGUCAAUGGUGACGAGCCAAGUGACAAGUUGGACUUCAUUGAUGUGAUGCUAUCUAAGAUUGAAGAGAACUCUAUGUUUGGCCACACGCGUGAAACCAUCGUCAAGGCAACAGCAACGAUGCUCAUCUUAGGUGGGUCAGACACUACAUCUAUUAACUUGACUUGGCUUCUGUCUUUAUUAUUAAACAACCAACAUGCUUUAAAGCAUGCCCAAGAAGAGCUCGAUCUCAAAGUAGGAAGAGAAAGAUGGGUGGAAGAGCAUGAUAUAAAUGACCUUGUUUACCUCCAAGCCAUAAUCAAGGAAUCCCUGCGCUUAUACCCACCAGUCCCUCUGUCUGUCCCACAUGAGGCAAUGGAAGAUUGUCAUGUAUGUGACUACUACAUUCCAAAAGGUACUCAUUUGUUUGUAAAUGUGUGGAAGUUGCAUCGAGACCCAAGAGUUUGGGAGAACCCUGAAGAGUUUUUGCCAGAGAGGUUCCUCACAAGCCAUGCAAAUGUAGAUGCCUCAGGUCGACAUUUUGAGUUCAUACCAUUUGGUUCUGGGAGACGAUCUUGCCCUGGUUCAAAAUUUGCCUUUCAAGUGUCACACUUGACACUAGCUCGCUUGCUUCAAGGAUUUGAGUUUCAAACACCAUUGAAUAUGCCAGUGGACAUGACUGAAGGCCUAAGCAUUAACUUGCCCAGAGCAACUCCUCUUGAAGUUCUCCUCACUCCACGCCUUUCCUCCAAACUCUAUCAAAUCUAGACAAAUAUACAAACAAUGCUUGCCCAAAGUAUCUGUAGUGUGCACCUUAUUUUGAAAUUAGUUUGCCUUAACAUCUUUCUAUUUUUCUUGUUUGCAAUAAAUAAAUUGGGUUUGCUUCAUGAAAUGCUAUAAAUUUUGAAGUUCA